GGAAUCCGACCAGUUGGUGGCGUCUCUUUUGUUUGUCUUGCUCUUUGGAAAUGGUGUGAUUUCCAUACACAACCACCACUUUAUGGGAGAGGAGGACUUGCUACUGGAUUUAGGUGGGUGGAAAACAACAUAAUAUGGAUCAUCGGCCUGAAGGCUACAGCUAAAUACAUGAACAUAUUCAUGCACUCAGAAAUGUGGAUUAAUCGAGGAAUGCGAGGGAGUAUGGGACAAUGGAAUCUCACCCUAUGGAAUUCAGCAGUUUGAUCACAUGAAGCGAGUUGUUUGGGAAGGAGAGACGUCGCCUGCAUCUACCUAUUAAACUAAGCCGAAUCGAAUGGACUGUAUUUUGAGAGCAAGACAUCCAAGUUGAUUGUACAAGUAAUAGGAUACUGGAUAUAUCUUUACAUUCCAGAGGGGUAACUGGCCAUUUGAUGCUAGCUAGCCAAUGCAUUUGAGUGGCAGACUAGUUUAGCUAGUUCUCCAUUGCUGCUCGCCAUUGCUCCCUGUCGCGUCGGCGUCAUAGCCGAUGAGAACGCUCUUGUGUCCAAUCACAGUUUUCACGUGAUGUCGCGGAUGGCUUUUGGCCUCUAUCAGAAUUAGCUUGUUAGUAGCCUGCCAGCCAUUAUUUGCUUAUCACAACAAAAUAUUCUCUACAACAGUGAGUGUUGCAGAAAGAGACUCCACUUGUUGGCAAAAGCAAGUGUUUAAUUUGCAUCAAAACAAUAUUUAGUUAGCUAUAUAGCAAUAAUAUCCAUCGUUAUGGCUAACGUUAACUAGUUAGCAAGCUAGCCAACUUGAUGUAAAGGGCAAGCUAGCGCGCUGUUAGCUGGGUAGGUUCUUAACGUUAUGUAAUGCUGGAUAUAAAUAACAUUAGCCAACUAGUCGCUUGUGGUGGAUAUAUUUGUUCUUUCACUAUUGGGAAAGUUUAUCGGGAGCAUUUACCUGCAACGUUCACUGACCAGUCAACGUUAGCUAGCUUGUUAGGGAGCUAGCCCUUACAUCGUAGUUCACUUUGCAUUACUAGAUAUUGUAGCAUUAAACAGGCUCCAGUGUACAGCUACAGUUAGUGUUGCAGUGGAAAGUCCAGUCAGGUCAGAAGGUAUCCUGUUUACAGCGGAUAUCCACAUCUUAGUCAAUUUAGGAACACUUAGGUAAUCAUGCUGCACCAAUGCAUGCCAUUCGAAUAUACUUUUUUGUGCAUUUUAAAUGUUGCACGAACUCGCAUUUUAGAACAGUUCACAGCACCACAUCGAACAUUGGCCAAGUUUUAACACAAGAUAAAGGGACGUCUAGUCGAACAUCAUCACGUGCACGGAGAUCAUGUACUGUUCUUCCAAGAGCCACACCAGUAAACUAGCCUCAAUGACUCUGUAACUAAAUUUAGUUCGCAAGGGAUGGAAACCAAUUUACUGAGCAUAAUGCGAGUACAGUUGUCUACCUGACUUUACUUGGAUUGGAAGUAUCAACAUAAUAAUCUGGAGGGAAUCUUUAUCUAUAUAAAUAUUACUUAGAUUUGAAUGAGUUUAAGCUAAUGUUGGGAUACUAGUGGAAAUGCAUAUGCAUUGUAAUUAAUUCGAAUGUUUAUUAGCUAUUAUCUCAGAAAACAAAUACAAUAGGACAGGAGCUGUUGACAAACAGGCAUUACUCUUGUCACUAAGACAUUUGAUGACAACGUUAUUGUGCAAGCUAUCACUUCCUGGUAGGACUGGAAACACAGUCAAACAAGAUACUCUUUACUUUUGUAUUGAUUUGCUUGUUGUUGGUAUCGCUAUGUAGUUACACUUUGUCUUAAGACUAAAUGAAAAUAACACUGUAGAUAUUGCACAGUCAGUGGUGCCUGAAUUUAAUGUAUUUUGCUUUGAGAUAUCACACAAUUUAAAGUCCCCCACCAGCUAUUUCUUUUUUACUUUUGCUGUCACGCUAGCUUGUUCUAACACUGUUUCAAUUCGCCGGGAGCGCUGUUUCAAAGGUCUACUGUAAGAUACUUGAAGAUUGCCUAUGACAAAAUGAGGAAUAUGCACCGAGUGCUCUCUGAAAGGAAUAAGCUCCCCACUAGCUGACGUGAGGAGUUGUAACUUUUGGACAUAACUGGCAGGCAGCAGCAGCACUGUGGAACUCUGUACAAAGAAACUUGAAGAGAAAAGGAGAUGGUCACCCUGCUGUGACAUCAUUGGACUGGAGGAGAGGACACGGACACGCUCGAGCCGUCUGCAGCCAUGAGUCUCCGCCCCCCCACCUCAACACUGGACAGGCUCAGCAGCCUGACGAUAGGAGACUCGGAGCGCAAGACCUCCAGCGGCCAGCAGAGGGAGCCUCUGGCCGACUUCCCCACUGAGAGCACAGGUCAAGGUCUGGUUCAGAGAUGUGUGGUUGUACAGAAGGACCAGCUAGGGUUCGGCUUCACUGUGUGUGGCGAGAGGAUCAAGCUGGUGCAGAAUGUUCGACCAGGUGGCGCAGCGGUCAAGGCAGGGGUCCACGAGGGAGACAGAAUCAUAAAGGUCAAUGGCUCGCUGGUGUCGUCCAUGUCUCAUCAGGAAGUGGUGAAGCUCAUCAAGUCUGGGACAUAUGUUGCUCUAACUCUUCAAGGACCGCCCCUUCAGCAGCUGCCCUCCCUACAUCCCCUCCCCACUGACCUCUUACCCAAUCAGCGGACGUCACUGGGAGGAGAAGCCCCGCCUCCACCACCUCCACCCCUCUCCCCCGGACUGACCAGCAACCCCUCCCAAAGGGUCACCAAACCACUGCAGAACCUAGACGUACAGAAACACGCCACUCAGAUCCUCAGGAACAUGCUGGAACAGGGAGAGGCUGAGCUUCAGGACUUGAUGGAGGAACUGUUACUGAACCCCUCCCCAUCCCUGGAGGAGCGAAUCGAAAGUGCCAAGCGGCGGGCCCAACAAGUCAGGGUUAAAAUCCAGCAAGAUCUGGAUGGAACUCGAUUGGAAUCUGUGACCAGCUAUGUGGUAGCAGGAGAAGGUCGGUUGUCGGGGGAUUCAAGUGAAGGAGACUUUGAGGCCUGUGAGAGCCCCCACUCCUCCCCCUCCACCUCCUCCUUCAGGACCCCCCUCUACCGGAGACAGGGCUCCGACACACACACCUUCUCCGACUCGGCUGGGAAGGCUCAGAUCAUUGGCCCAGAGGAAGAGGAGGAAGAGGACGACAGCUAUCCGCUCAAUGAGAUGGACGGCCCAUUUCAAGACAUAGAACUUCUCAAGUCGCGACCAGCCCACAUGACCGUGUUCAUGAGAUACCUCUUCAGCCAGCUACUGGAUCCCAACCCGCUGCUGUUCUACCUGUCGGUGGAGGUCUACCUGGGCUCCAGCCCUAAAGACGCCCGUGCCCUCGCCCCACAGAUCUGCUCCCACUUCCUGGACCCUGAUGCUCCGUUGAAAAUCAGAGUACGAGAAGAAUACCUGUCCGAUAUAGAGAGUCGACUCCAUGCCCAGGAGGACAUCAGGGGACCUCUUUCUGAGCUCCAACAGCAGGUGCUGCCUGACAUUCAGGACCAAAUACAGGAUUACAGGAGUAAGCAGAUGAUGGGUCUGGGUUCUCUGUUUGGAGAGGGAGACCUGCAGCAGCUGGAUGGAGACCCAGCCAAGGAGAGGCUAGUGGUGGACAGACAGGUCACUGCUCUCUGGGAAAUACUCUCGAAGCACGAAGAGGAGAGCAGUUCUCGUCUAGCCUCUGCGGUGCUGCUGUACCUCCGUCACUCAGGCAUAAAGCUGAGGGACUCCAGGGUGUUCCCAGGCCUCAGCACUGAGAAGGAGAAGUGGCUCUCCUUCUUUCCCAAGACCAAGAAGCUGAGCAGUUCAAAGAAAGAGAAGGAUGGAGAGGACAGGAAGAGAAACCCCAUCCUGAAGUAUAUCGGCAAGCCCAGGAGCACCUCUCAGUCCACCUUCCAUGUCCCCUUGUCUCCCACUGAAGUGCGCCCGGGCAGUGUGAGGAACAUCAUCCAGCAGUUUGAGAACCACACAGAGAUCCCCGGGGAAGAGGGGGCCGAGGGAGACCCUCCGAGGCUGUCCUCCAGCAGCCUGGGAGAGGACAGCAUGGACAGCCCCACGGUGUCGAUGCGUCUGGCUCGUAGUGAGUCUCUGAAGGCGCAGGGGGAGGGGCGUCGGCGGGGCGGGUCCUCGGGGGCGGAGACAGUCCCUCGGUCCCGUAGCGACGUGGACAUGGAGGACUGUGGAGAGGAGAGUGAAGGGCCGGGCCUGAGACCCUUACACCACAGCACCUCCUCUGCCUCCAGUAGCUCAGCACGAUCCUGCGAGAACCCCACCCCUCCGUACACCCCUCGGUCUUCCAGAAGAAAGAGUGUGGAGUUCCCGGUGGCCUUGCUCCCUGACGCCCCAGCCCUAGAGGAGGACGUGGUGGACAGUCACAACUGGCAGGAGACUGUGGCCCCGCAGGUCCUGGCUACUCUCUGUCCCCGAGAGGUGGAGCAGGCUGUCAUCUAUGAGUUGCUGACGACGGAGGCGUCUCACCUGCGUACACUCAGGGUGUUGGAUCAGGUGUUCUUCCAGAAGAUGAGGUGUGUUCUGAGCUCUGACGAGCUGGCCUGCAUCUUCCCCAACCUGCCUCAGGUCUACGAGCUCCACGCGAGUCUGUGCGAAGCCAUGAAGAAGAGACGAGAAUCUCCCAUCGUUCAGGGCAUCGGCGACAUCAUGCUGGCCAGGUUUGAGGGCGUGGCGGGGGAGGAGUUUCAGGAGCAGGCGUCCCACCUGUGCAGUCAGCAGUCUCAGGCCCUGGAGCUCAUCAAGAACAAACAGCGCAAAGACCCCCGUUUCGCACACAUCAUCCAGGAGUGUGAGGCCAGUCCUCACUGUAGGAGGCUGCAGCUGAAGGACCUGCUGGUGUCUGAGACGCAGAGACUCACCAAGUACCCUCUGCUACUGGACAACAUCCUCAAACACACAGAGGCCGGUUCCACAGACCUCCCUCCUCUCCAACAGGCUCAAGCCUGUUGCCGGGGGAUAUUGCAGGCCGUCAACGAGGUUGUCAGGGAGACGGAACACCGGCAGCGGCUCAACCAAUACCAGCGCAGGUUGGACCCCACGCCACAGUUCAAGAGUCUGGACCUGACCAGUAAGAGAAUGAUCCAUGAGGGUCCUCUCACCUGGAAAGUCAGUAAAGACAAAACCUUGGAGAUCCAGGCGCUGCUGUUGUCAGACCUUCUGGUGUUGCUCCAGAGAGGUCCAGACGACCGGCUGCUGCUGCGCUGCCCGUCCCGCUUUCUGGGGGGGGGAGGUGGGGGUAGCGGGGAUACCAAGGCCUCCUUCAGCCCCGUGGUCCAGCUAGACUCACUGCUGGUGCGCUCUGUGGCCACAGAUAACAAGGCCCUGUACGUCAUUAGCACAACAGAGCAACAGAUAUACGAGCUGGUAGCAGGGACGUCCUCAGAGAAAAACAUCUGGAAGGACCAACUUGAAAAGACCAUCUCAUUGGCUGCUGGCUCCUCACCUUCGACCAAUAACAGAUCCACACCUAUUUUCUCCCCAAGUCUUGGUAAUGCUUCCCCUGUCUCAACUGGCAGCCAUGUCUACCAAUCAGACGACUCGAUGACGGAGCAGGCAGUUUCAAUGGGGACAAACUCUCCUAACGAUGAGGACAAUGAGCUCACGCCCACCACACCAACAGCGCAAUCAGGGGCUUUCCUCCACAUUGAGGGACGGGACUAUGUCAAGAAGCAGAUUGGAGUGGCUGAGGCAGCUCUUGAAGACGUGGAGAUACUAAAGCGGCUGAUUUUCCACAACUUUGAGGAAGUUGGGUGGAGUCACGACUCGGACGGAACGCCCACAAACGAGACAGACAAUGAGAGGAGCCCGCUCAAUGACAGACAGAGACUGGCGUCCUCUGAUACUCUUCUCAGUGCCAGUCCCAGCCAAUUGGAGGCUGAGCAUUCCGAAGCCCCGCCCUCGGAGGUGGGGUCCCCCAGUGUACAUGUUGUGAGGAAAGCUGUGGUUGCGGGCUCUCCUUCUAUCCCUGAUGACAUCACUGAUGUCAACCUCCACUCCGACCAAUCACCUGAGCCGAGAGGCGGGGCCAGUGUACGGGGAAACGUGUUCUACCUGGUGAUGCCUACAGAGCAGGGAGACGGACUGCUGGAUGAGAGUCACACAGAUGAGGUCAUUGAUCCCCCCACCCUGACCUCCACCGAACUUCCUGAUCUGGACCAGGAAGUGAUGUCAUCAAACAUUAAGCAUCAUGAGGAAGAAGGGCAGGUCUCUUCCACCCUGUCUGCUGGCAAACAAUUGGAGCCAGGAAAUCUGAGGCGGGAGGGAGGGCUUGGCCAAUCACAAAAGGUCCUCCAGAGCUAUGUGAUCAAACACGUGGAUGAGAUUUUCCACACAAUCGAGGAGCUGAUGAGCAAGCUGCACCAGCUGAGGGACAUCGAGACAGCUCAUCACCAGCUGCUGAAAACACUAAGAGAGCCGCCUGUCAAUCAGGAGUCAGAUGAUCUCCCUCGCAACCAGGUAACCGUCGUCAGGACGCCGUCUCUGGACCGGAACCCAGGGGAUGCAGAGCCAGCUAAGCCUGAGAUCCUCUCCACUGGAUUCUAAAGAUGUUAUCUCAAUGAGGAAUUCUUAAGACUCAUUCACCCCUGCUCUGCCGUAGACAUACGCACAUACACACUGAUGGACUGGGACCCCAGCCUUUACCCCCUACCCCACGUCUCACACCCCUAACCCUCAGCCCAAUCCUAGCAUACACUGCUCGUAGGAGCAGGAUCCAGGAAGUACUGUGAUGUCUUUGGUGUUGCCCUGGGCGACCAGGAAGUGAUGCAGGACUGAUGGCCCCGGCCCCCUGACAUCGAAGGAUCUGCCCCCAACACGGGUUCAAGGUGAACUCUGACCUCUGUGGAGCCAGAGGGAGUCCAGGGAUGAGAGGAUGGACAGAUGAAGGACAAUAAAAGGAAGAGACUGAAAAGUAGAGAACAAGUGAUGGAAAUGUGUGAAGAAGCAAAUAGAUCAUAAUGAAAGUGGAGAGUGGGCAGAAUCUAAAUUGCCAAGGAAUAAUGCCAUGGAUGAGAUGUUGGGUGGAAGUAAGGUUGGUUACAUUUGAAGGAGAAGUUAGUAUACUUUGAACAAAGUAGUGAUGGUUCAAGGGAGAGAGUUGAGAAGUGACAGAUGAACAGGACAACGUAAGGACCCUAGCACUUUACCCACAAUACAUCAUCUGUCGCGUAUCCAUACUCCACAACGGAUUGGAUUAGUGAGGGACUGGAAACUGGACAGAUCACCGGCUCCAUUGUGAGUCAAAGCUGCACCUUGUUUGAGCCAAGAUGGUAGUUCAUUACUACUGGUUGCUUUACAGUAUGCCUGCCAUGGAGGCCAAUCGAAGAACGGUGUGUGUGUAUGCGUGCACACACACACUGAACCAAAAUAUAAACGCAACAUGCAACAAUUUCAAAGAUUUUAGUGAGUUACAGUUAGAAUAUCAGUCAAUUGAAAUAAAUUCAUUAGGCACUAAUCUAUGGAUUUCACAUGACUGGGAAUAGAGAUAUGCAUCUGUUGGUCAAAAAAAACAAUCAGUAUCUGGUGUGACCACCAUUUGCCUCAUGCAGCUCAACACAUCUCCUUCGCAUUGAGUUGAUCAGGCUGUUGGUUGUGGCCUGUGGAAUGUUAUCCAACUCCUCUUCGAUGGCUGUGCGAAGUUGCUGGGUAUUGGCGGGAACUGGAACAAGCUGUCAUACACGCUGAUCCAGACCAUCCCAAACAUGCUCAUUGGGUGAUAUGUCUGGUGAGUAUGCAGGACAUGGAAGAACAGAGACAUUUUCAGCUUCCAGGAAUUGUAUACAGAUCCUUGCGUCAUGGGGCCAUGCAUUAUAAUGCUGAAACAUGAGGUGAUGGCAGAUGAUGAAUGGGCACGACAAUGGGCCUCAGGAUCUCGUCACGGUAUCUCUGUGCAUUCAAAUUGCCAUCGAUUAAAAUGCAAUUGUGUUCGUUGUCCGUAGCGUAUGCCUGCCCAUACCAAAAAACCCACCGCCACCAUGGGGCACUCUGUUCACAAUGUUGGCAUCAGCAAACCGCUCGCCCACAUGUCUGCCAUCUGCCCGGUACAGUUGAAACUGGGAUUCAUCCGGGGAGAGCAUACUUCUUCAGCUUGCCAGUGGCCAUCGAAGGUGAGCAUUUGCCCGCUGAAGUCGGUUACGACGCCGAACUGCAGUCAGGUCAAGACCCUGUUGAGGACCACGAGCAUGCAGAUGAGCUUCCCUGAGACGGUGAUUACACAUGAUGAUCUGCGGUUGGAUGUACUGCCAAAUUCUCUAAAAUGACAUUUGAGGCGGCUUAUGGUAGAACAAUUAACAUUAAAUUAUCUGGCAGCAUUUCUGGCGGACAUUCCUACAGUGAGCAUGCCAAUUGCGCGCUCCUUCAACUUGAGACAUUUGUGGCAUUUGUGUUGUCAAAACUGAACAUUUUAGAGUGGCCUUUUAUUGUCUCCAGCACAAGGUGCACCUGUGUAAUGAUCAUGCUGUUUAAUCAGCUUCUUGAUCUGUGACACCUGUCAGGUGAAUGGAUUAUCUUGGCAAAGGAGAAAUGCUCACUAACAUGGAUGUAAACCCAUUUUGUGCCCCAAAUUUGAGAGAAAUAAGAUUUUUGUGCAUUUGGAACAUUUCUGGGAUUUUUUAUUUCAGCUCAUGAAACAUGGGACCAACACUUCACAUGUUGCGUUUUAUAUUUUUGUUUAUAUAUGUUCAGGUUUAUUGCCCUGGGCCCAGAGGAAGGAAUGGGUCAUAAAGAGUAAAGAUAUCAACAUACACAAGCAUCAUUCAUCCACAAUAUUCUUAAUGUUAUGAGAAAUGUACGUUUUGUAAUCACACAUGAAGAAAGAGGUGUGUUUUGUUUUGGGAAAACCAAGAUGGUGGCCGGUCGGGUCAGUCAGUCCUGUGUCUCUACAGCUGCUAUGCUACAGGAUGGGUUGUCUGUAGCGGCGACAUAUUAAGGGUUACAACACUAGUACUGCACUGUUCUCUACUGAAUGGCUGUCGUCUUUUGCACCACUACUCCUAGACAUACAGGGAUCACUACUACGAAAAAGGAAACUUGUUCAAUGAAUACCCAGAUGUCUAACAUGUCGUCAUUUUUUUUCCCUAAAGAAUGCUCUACUGUAUUGGGUGUGUACAAUACUGUAAAUUCCCCUCUUCCCUACUAUACCGUGAGUAGUAUUUACCGUAUUGUCACACCAAAACAUGAAGGGAUGGUUGUUUAUACCAAGUAGCAUACGUUUGAACUGAGAGACCCUCGGCACAGACAUGUAUUUAUUGGGAGAGGAAGUCUGUUAACCCUAUGUAAUCCCUUGUUCAAGUGUGUAAUCAGCAGCAUACAAUGUGUGUGUGUGUGUGUGACACCACAGUGUGUAAUGGGAUUUCUGAGGGGAUGCAGUGUUUUCAGUUUAACUUGGCAUGGUGGACAAUUCCAGACUAUUUUCUCAUACAUUUUCUUACUUUCUAACUUUUCUAUUCGUCCAUCUCUCCAUUCACUUACCCUCUUGAGAAGCAUUUUUUUCAGUCUACAUCUUUGUACUUUCUACCUCUUCUUUUUAGUGUCUUUUAAGGUUUUUCAUACUGGGGUUCGUCUGUCAGAAGUCUGAGUUUGUGUACGCACCUCGCUCAUACAGAGGUUAGAACUGAUGUUUCUUCCCUUUGUCAAACGUUGCACAGCAAACUUGCUGCACAGUGCAAACUACUGUAUGCAUACAGAGGUCUUUAACGAUCCUUUCUCUUGUUUAAAUCUUGUUCACUCAUGUAAUAUAGAAAUCACAACCUUGUUUUAUAUGGGAAUCUUUUUUUUCUGUAAAGCCUUAGUCCUUUCUUUUGAUUUGAUUUUUGUAGAUUCGAUCAAAACAAGAUGUAAGUUAUUUUCUCUCCCCUGUUUUUUAGAAAAAGGUGAGAUUGUUAGCUGCACAGAAGGAAAAUGAACAUGUGUUUUGUGACAUUAAAAAGAACUUGUUUUGAAAGUCCUA